GCAGCCGCCGGCGCCGCCGCACGCGCCUAUCAUGCGCAGCUAGCGGCGCCAAGCCCAUGGUGUACCCCGAGGCGUCCCGUUGGGGCGCGCCUGACGCCGCGCUCGCCCUCUACGAUGACGUCUACCGAGCGGACGGAGUCCUGUCAACGGUGAACGUGGUUGAAGCAUUGCAAGAGUUCUGGCAGGUGAAGGCGGCGAGGGGAGGGGGGGCUGCGGGCGGUGGAGGCGCCCUCGUCAUAUACGAGUCGGUGCCCGCUGCGCACCCGCCGUACGUCUGCUACGUCACGCUGCCGGGUGGUGCUUGCUUUGGUAGUUUUCAGAAUUGUCCGACAAAAGCGGAAGCGCGACGCAGUGCCGCGAAAAUUGCGCUGAUGAACAGCGUGUUCAACGAGCAUGAGUCCAGACGGAUCUCGGACCAUUUCAUUGAGAAGGCCGUGGGGGAGGCCAGGGCUUCCUUCGCCGGAGACGCCGCUGCGCACCAUCAGGAUCCCAGCGCUGGGAUUGCUGCGUUUAGAUUUAUGCUGGAAGCAAACAAGGGGCGAACGAUGCUCGAAUUCCAAGAACUGAUGACUGUAUUCCAACUGCUGCACUGGAACGGCUCCUUAAGAGCGAUGCGCGAGAGGCAAUGCUCAAGACAGGAGGUUGUAGCACACUACUCUGCUCGGAAUUUGGAUGAUGCUAUGCGUGAACAGAUGGCUAGAGAAUGGGCGGCGAGGGAGAGAGAAGCUUCAUCUUCAGGGGGAGGAGGGGUUCUUAGAGGGGAACUAUCUAGAGCAGAGAGAGAACUCCGCGCCGCUCGCCUAGCAGCUCGGGAACUCCGCUUCCCGAAGGAGAAAAGGGACAUCUUGCAACUCGCGGCUCGGCUCGCACCACCGCAGCAACAACAGUGAUCUCACGAAUUCACGCCAACAUUUUGUUAUUUACUUAAGUAUA